AAAGAUUACUUGUGUGAAAAGUGCGCCAAGAGAUUUGGAAAUAAGCAAAAUUUGCUCUUGCACAUAAAGACAGUACACAACAAGCUAGAAAAGCAAAUGGGACAAAAAUGGAAAUUGAUGAGACACCAAAGGGCAGUCCAUGAAGGUCGUAAAGAUUUUGUAUGCGACAAUUGUGAGAGGAAAUUUGGAAGUGAAGGAGCUUUGUACAAGCACCAAAGGGCAAUUCAUGAAGGUCGCAAAGAUUACGCUUGCAAUAAGUGUGAGAAGGCAUUUACACAAAAAACGAGUUUGCUCCACCAUCAAAAAGUAGUUCACGAAGAUCGAAAAUAUUAUUCAUGCGAUAGGUGCGAGAUAAAGUUCGAGAAAAAAUCAAAUUUGCUCGUACAUCAAAAGACCGUCCACGAAGUGCGAGAAUUCCCAUGCGAUAGGUGUGGGAAGAAAUUUGGACUAAAAUGGAUGAUGUUACAGCACCAAAAAUUAGUACACGAAGGUCGCAAAGAUUUUGCAUGCGACAAGUGCGAGAAAAAAUUUGGGGUUCGAAGCAAUUUGACAGCACACCAAAAAGCAGUCCACGAAGCUCGCCAAGAUUACGCAUGCGAUAAGUGUGAGAAGAAAUUCGGUCAGCAAAGUAAUUUGCUCACUCACAAAAAAAUUAUGCAUGAAGGUCGUAAAGAUUUCACAUGUGACAAAUGCAAACAUAAAUUUGCACUAAAAUGGAUUAUGACUCAGCACCAAAAAAUAGUCCACGAAGGUCGCAAAGAUUUCGCAUGUGACAAGUGCGAGCUUAAAUCUGGAACCUCCAAGAGUGAUGGUACUCAGGAGCAGUCGUAA